AUGUCGAGCUUCGAGUCUGUUGUUGUCAUUGAUGGCAAGGGCCAUCUGCUGGGCCGUCUGGCUAGCAUCGUUGCUAAGCAGCUGCUGAACGGCCAGAAGAUUGUCGUUGUCCGCUGUGAGGCUCUGAACAUUUCUGGCGAGUUCUUUCGCGCUAAGCUCAAGUACCACUCCUACCUCCGCAAGAUGACUCGUUACAACCCGACUCGCGGCGGUCCUUUCCACUUCCGCGCCCCCUCGCGCAUCUUCUAUAAGGCUGUCCGCGGCAUGAUUCCGCACAAGACCGCCCGCGGUGCCGCCGCGCUCGAGCGCCUGAAGGUUUUCGAGGGAGUCCCGCCCCCGUAUGACAAGCAGAAGAAGAUGGUCGUUCCCCAGGCCUUGCGAGUCCUGAGACUGCAGCCUGGCCGCAAGUACUGCACCGUAGGCCGGUUGAGCCAUGAGGUUGGCUGGAAGUACCAGGAUGUUGUUGCCAGACUCGAGGAGCGGAGAAAAGCGAAGGGCGCUGCUUAUUACGAGCGUAAGAAGGUUGCCGCACGGCAACUGACCGAGGCCAAGAAGAACGCCAAGGUCGAUCCCAAGACGGCCAAGGCCCUCGAGGCUUUCGGCUACUAA